ACAGUGAUUUAAAAACUACAAGAUCCAGCAUGCCUUGCUUCUCCACACCUCCCCUGGGCUGAAUUUUGCAGACGGGCAGUUGUGCGUGUAAGCAGUGAGUGUGCAGUGUGUGUUUAUAAAUGAAUAUAUACAUGUCUGCUUGUUAGUGUGAAUAUUAUAUAGCCAUUAUUUAGAAAUAUAAAGAUAUACACUUGUGGACCUGUCCACAGUGUGGGUUUAUUUUCUAUUUUAGCACUUUUAUCAGAGUAUAUUGUGUAUGUUGAGCUCUAUAAACUGGGGUUUGCACAGAACACAAACGUUACUGACCUGUUUGCUUUUGAAAUUAGCAAAGUUCAGCGUAAUUUUAUAAAUAUUAGGCAUGGGGGGUGUGCAAUACGGCUUGGAUACUACAAGUUUGGAAAUGUAUCUUUAAGUUUAUCCAUAUUGUGUUCUGUUUGUUUUUAUCAUACUAACUGGGCUCUUUGUGUGUUGCAGAGUUCUAUAUUAAGCCCCAUCGUGCUAGGAUCAGCAGAGUGCUAGGAUCAGCAGGUACCACUCAAGUAGCUGCCCGAGUCACUGCUCCUGGGAUGUCUGGGGACAUGGAGCAGUUGAAACAGCAGCUGCUGGUAUCGCAGUUUGUGUUGGCUGCGGGAUGUGCCACUGACCAGGCAGAGCAGCUACUGCGGGCAGCACACUGGCAGUACGAGGUGGGUCUCGCCUACUCCCCUCUCACCUUCACCUACAGUUUCUCGAUCCGUCUUGUUUUAUUGGAUGUAAAUCACUUUUUGUGCUGAGGGUCAGGGCAUGAAAAGUUUCCCUUCAUUAUAAAAAAUUCAGGGGGGAAAUAAUAAAUCAAGAAUAUAUUUCAUGUCCUGCACAUCAGCAUUAAGAAAUAAUUUGUAACCAGGAAGACAUGAUGGAUCUGCCAACUCAGCACUACCUUACCUCUCUGUUACCAAAUUCCUUCUUGAUUAUGUUGUACUCUAGCUUGUUUUUUAAAACUGUUGCAAGAAUCAAUUUAAUUAGAGUAAAUCCCAUUCUAUAUCCCUAAUUAAUGACUGAUCGUCUUGUUGUGACCUUCCUGUGCGGUUAGUCUCUGUCACUAUUCAUACUAUUCCUCAUUCCAGCGUGGAAAAUUAUGUGCACCCUGUCCUUUUAGUUCCACACGUAUCUUACAUGUAUGAUUAAUAUUUCUUCCACAGACUGCCCUCAGUGCUUUCUUCCAGGAGUCAAACCAUCCGUACAUCCCGCACCACCAGAUGGUAAGCAAGAUGUUGGCAGAGCCCAGGGAUGGGUUAAUAUGAUGUAAGAAGGGGGCACAUUGAGUGAAAUAUAACAUUUAUGAAGGGUUACUGUAUUCAGCAACACAGGAAGUAUUCAGUAUAGGGCAGGCAUCUUAAACUCAGGCCCCCAGAUAUUGUUUAACCACAACUUACAUGAUUCUCAAGGUCAGGAGUGGGUAGAUUCCCAGAUGUUGUAGAACUACAACUCCAAUGAUGCUUUCCACACCUUUAGCAUGCCUUUAGUGCAUCAUGGCAAAAGCUUCAUGCAGUCUGGAUCAUAGGCGUGUGCAGCCUAUUGUAUAAGGGUGUGCACCCUAAAGCACAAACACACACACCGCGUAUAUGUGUGUGUGUGUAUAUAUAUAUAUAUAUAUAUAUAUAUAUACAUACACACACACACACACAUACUGCUGUGUGAGGGCGCUGUGUGUGUGUGCAGGGGGGCGCUGUGUGUGCAGGUGGGCGCUGUGUGUGUGUGCAGGCACUGUGUGUAAGAGCGCUGUGUGUGUAAGGGUGCUGUGUGUAUAUGUAAGGGUGCUGUGUGUGUAAGGGUGCUGUGUGUGCAGGCACUGUGUGUAUAUGUAAGGGUGCUGUGUGUGUAAGGGUGCUGUGUGUGUAUGUGUAACGGUGCUGUUAGUGUGUGCUGUGUAUGUGUAAGGGUGCUUUUAGUGUGUAUGUGUGUGUAAGGGUGCUAUUAGUGUGUGCUGUGUGUGUAAGGGUGCUGUUAGUGUGUGUGUGUAAGGGUGUUGUUAGUGUGUGUGUGUGUGUGCUGUGUGUGUAAGGGUGCUGUUAGUGUGUGUGUGGGGAUGCUUUUAGUGUGUGUGCUGUGUGUGUAAGGGUGCUGUUAGUGUGUGCUGUGUGUGUAUGUGUAAGGGUGCUGUGUGUGUGCUGUGUGUGUAAGUGGGCUGUGUGUGUGUAUUUGUAAGGGUGCUUUUAGUGUGUGUGUGCUGUGUGUGCAAGGGUGCUGUUUGUGAGGGCGCUGUGUGUGAGGGUGCUGUAAGUGUGUGGUGUGUGAGGGUGCUGUUAGUGUGUGUGUGUGCUGUGUGUGUAAGGGUGCUAUUAGUGUGUGCUGUGUGUGUGUACGUGUGAGGGUGCUUUUAGUAUGUGUGCUGUAUGUGUGAGGGUGCUGUUAGUGUGUGUGCUGUAUGUGUAAGGGUGCUGUGUAUGUGUAAGGGUGCUGUUAGUGUGUGUGCUGUAUGUGUAAGGGUGCUGUGUGUGUGAGGGUGCUGUUAGUGUGUGUGCUGUGUGUGUAAGGGUGCUAUUAGUGUGUGCCGCGGGGAUAAGGGUGUGCCCAGGCACACCCCAUGUGCACGCCUAUGGUCUGGAUGAAGGUUGGUGUGGGGCCAUGCAGUCUGGAUGAAGGUUGGUGUGGGACCAUACAGUCUAGAUGGAGGGUGGUGUGGGGCCAUGCAGUCUGGAUGGAGGUUGGUGUGGGGCCAUGUAGUCUGGAUGAAGGUUGGUGUGGGACCAUACAGUCUAGAUGGAGGUUGGUGUGGGGCCAUGCAGUCUGGAUGGAGGUUGGUGUGGUGCCAUGCAGUCUGGAUGGAGGGUGAUGUGGGGCCAUGCAGUCUUGAUGGAGGUUGGUGUGGGGCCAUACAGUCUAGAUGGAGGUUGGUGUGGGGCCAUGCAGUCUGGAUGGAGGUUGGUGUGGGGCCAUGCAGUCUGGAUGGAGGGUGGUGUGGGGCCAUGCAGUGUGGAUGGAGGUUGGUGUGGGACCAUACAGUCUGGAUGGAGGUUGGUGUGGGGCCAUGCAGUCUGGAUGGAGGAGUGGUGUAGAGGCCAUGCAGUCUGGAUGGAGAGUGGUGUGUGGGACCAUACAGGUGCAGGCCGGAGGGAUUGGUGUGAGGGCCGCUGCAGUCUAGUGGAGGUUGGUGUGGGGCCAUGCAGUCUGGAUGGAGGUUGGUGUGGGACCAUGCAGUCUGGAUGGAGGUUGGUGUGGUGCCAUGCAGUCUGGAUGGAGUUUGGUGUGGGGCCAUGCAGCCUGGAUGAAGGUUGGUGUGGGGCCAUGCAGUCUGGAUGGAGGUUGGUUUGGGGCCAUGCAGUCUGGAUGGAGGUUGGUGUGGGGCCAUGCAGUCUGGAUGGAGGUUGGUGUGGGGCCAUGCAGUCUGGAUGGAGGUUGGUGUGGGGCCAUGCAGUCUGGAUGGAGGUUGGUGUGGGGCCAUGCAGUCUGGAUGGAGGUUGGUGUGGGGCCAUGCUGUCUGGAUGGAGGUUGGUGUGGGGCCAUGCAGUCUGGAUGGAGUGUGGUUUGGGACCAUACAGUCUAGAUGGAGGUUGGUGUGGGGCCAUGCAGUCUGGAUGGAGGUUGGUGUGGGACCAUACAGUCUGGAUGGAGGUUGGUGUGGGGCCAUACAGUCUGGAUGGAGGUUGGUGUGGGACCAUACAGUCUAGAUGGAGGUUGGUGUGGGGCCAUGCAGUCUAGAUGGAGGUUGGUGUGGGGCCAUGCAGUCUGGAUGGAGGGUGGUGUGGGGCCAUGCAGUCUGGGUGGAUGGAGGUGGUGGUGUGGGGCCAUGCAGUCUGGAUGGAGGUUGGUGUGGGGCCAUGCAGUCUGGAUGGAGGUUGGUGUGGGGCCAUGCAGUCUGGAUGGAGGUUGGUGUGGGGCCAUGCAGUCUGGAUGGAGGUUGGUGUGGGGCCAUGCAGUCUGGAUGGAGGUUGGUGUGGGGCCAUGCAGUCUGGAUGGAGGUUGGUGUGGGGCCAUGCAGUCUGGAUGGAGGUUGGUGUGGGGCCAUGCAGUCUGGAUGGAGGUGGUUGGGGCCAUGCAGUCUGGAUGGAGGUUGGUGUGGGGCCAUGCAGUCUGGAUGGAGGUUGGUGUGGGACCAUGCAGUCUGGAUGGAGGUUGGUGUGGGGCCAUGCAGUGUGGAUGGAGGUUGGUGUGGGACCAUACAGUCUGGAUGGAGGUUGGUGUGGGGCCAUGCAGUCUGGAUGGAGGUUGGUGUGGGGCCAUGCAGUCUGGAUGCAGGGUGGUUUAGAGCUAUGCAGUAGGGAUAAUGGGUUGCUAGUAGUGUGUGAUAGUAAUGAUUGGUGGCUCAAGACUUUCCAUUGCGAGACUAGGGAAUAAAUACGAAUGAUAUGGAACUGCAGUAUAAUAAAUACAAUAAAAUAGGCGAUUGAAGGGGGCUGGCGAGCAUAGAUAUUAUGAAACUAGGGCAUAUGAUGGGGAGGAGGUGAUCUGGUGUGUGCAGUAAUGGGUCUGGUUGAUGGUACAUGAUAAAAAAUUAGAAGAUGCUGGUUAGUCAUUGCACGAGUGAUGAAGGGUGGAAGGUGCUUUGUAACUGUGUGCAGCAUUGUUAAUUGAUCAUAAUUCUCAUGUGUAGAACUUCAGAAGCAUGUGGCUUUGUAGCUUUUUUUUUGUCACAAACCUCUUAAUGUAGUUGGUAGGAAGUAAUGUGGAUUUGAAAGGUAGCAGAAGUGGGUUAUUGACAUAUUUGAAAAUUAGUGGAGUGAGAUAUGCUGAGGUGGGGAGGUCGGAAAGAAAUGAGAAAUGUAAAAAUAUAGAAAGGAUAGGCUAAAGAAGAAGAAAAUGAAAAAGAAGAAUAAUAGGAUCCAAACCGUGCAGUUUAUGGUAGACAAUUUUAAAGCUCUUCAAGAAAGGCGCAGGGUGAGCUGUUGGUGAAGACAGGCACAGGGUUAGCGGAUUGUGAGGACAGACGCAGAGUGAGCAAAUGGUGAGGACAGGAACAGGGUGAGCGGUUGGUGAGGACAUGCGCAGGGUGAGCGGUUGGUGAGGACAUGCGCAGGGUGAGCGGUUGGUGAGGACAGGCGCAGGAUGAGCGGUUGGUGAGGACAGGCGCAGGAUGAGCGUUUGGUGAGGACAGGCGCAGAGUGAGCAGUUGGUAUGGAAAACAGACAUUCCUCACCAAGUGAGCUGUUAGUGAGAAUGUUAGAGAUAACAUAUAACAAGAAGGAGGAUUGAAAUGUGGUGUGAGCAGUAGCAGUUGGAAAAUCAAGAUGAAGUGAGCAGUUGGCAAGGAGAAUAAAGGUGGGAACUGCUAUGGAUUGAGCAUGAUGGAGAUGAAAUUUGGAGGAGAGGGUAGAAGUUACUGAAGCAAAAAUGUCUCAUCUUUCUUUAGAUGGGUACUCCUGCCAACACGCCUGCCACCCCUCCAAACUUUCCUGAUGCCCUCGUCAUGUUUUCCCGCCUGAAGGCUUCAGAUAGCGGCUACCUCUCUUCACUGGCUACGUCCCCUCCUCAUCAUCAAGGUGGGCUCGGAUCAAACGUCUCCCAGGACCCUCGGAAUCAGCAGACUGGCACGGGACUUUCCAGUCCAGAAGUGGCACACUGCUCUCAUAGAUCAGGAGGUGUAGACCCUAACUCCGGUGCGGAGGCCGAGAGAUGAGAUGAAUGAGAAUUGGAGGUGCAGAAUAUGGCAUGUAAACGUUCUUCUGGGGCUAUAUUGCGAGACACCUGCAAAGUAUUGCUCCUUAGAGCGACAAGAAAUCUCAACAGAGCAAUACAGCAAUGGCAGAUCGCCGGAUUACCUCACGUGCCUGCAGAGCAUUGCACCAGCUAGUUCUGACAACUUUUGCAGAGCAUCGCUCCUCUACUAACACUGCAUUACUCUGCUGUGCAACAUCACCUUCCUCACCUGGUGGGAUUUUAGCCGUACCUCACUCUGCAAUGUAUCCUGACGCAGAGACCCUCCUGACCUCAGCACUUGUUAUACCCUAAGGUUUUCAGCACUUGUGUAGGAAUGUGUACCCAUGAGAUAUUUCUAAAACCGGAAUCCCCAGUUCCAUUAAUGUAUUUUUUUUUUUUUAGGUUUUCUUGGUUUUUUUUUGUAAACUUGUCAUCCUUCCAAAUAAAAUAGGGUGUCAUAACACAGCUCUGUAUUGCAAUGCUGUCCAUUAGAAGGUCAGUAAAAUUAACAAGAAAAGGUUCCUUAUUUUAACAAGCGUCUUAUAAAAUCUGUAUUGUCAACCUGACGUGUGCUACGUCCUCUUAUUGUGAGAUAAACAGGGUUAUUCACAAAAGUAAGAAUUCCAAGUGAAUUUUAAAUUUGAAACCAAACUAGUCGAAAUGGAAAAGGGCAGGCUAUGCUGUGGUUACUUUGACUUUAUAUAAUUCUGUGAACACUGGAAGGAAACAAAACCACACCUUUAAUAUUAUUUUAAAUUGUUUCAGAUGUUUGUAAUGUAGGAGAAAAAAAAGAAACAUAAUUUGCAGGAAUCUUUCAUUGGGGGUUAAAGGGACACUCCAGUCACCCAGACCACUUCUGCCCAUUGGAGUGGUCUGGGUGCCAACUCCCACUACCCUUAACCCUGCAAAUGUAAUUAUUGCAGUUUCUACUAGACAGCCACUAGAGGGCACUUCUGGGUUUAUAGCACAGAUUUUUAGCACUUCCCCAUAGGGAAGCAUUGAGAGCAUUUUUCAAUGCUUUCCUAUGGGGAGGUCUAAUGCGCAAUCAGUCUCUCCCGCUGCAUGACGUUGGCGGGGGAGGAGCGUGGAGCGUGGGCGGACCCUGGACCAGCGCCGAGGGACAUCGCUGAAGGGGUUUAAACUCCUUCAGCAAUCUGGGAUGGGGGUGGGAGGGAGAGGGGACCUGUAGUGCCAGGAAAACAGUUUGUUUUCCUGGCACUGGAGUGUCCCUUUAAUCUCCAAACUGAGAAUUGAGAGGAAAGCAAAUUUAGGCCAGAAAUAAGGAGCUUACAUAUAGCUUAAUUAGAGUCAUUUUAAAAUUCCACUCUUCCCCACAUUAAAUAUAAAAAAAUAAUAAUAAUAAGUAACGAUAAAAUAGACGAGGUUGCUACAAUAUCUGCUGUCUUUAAAGUGGAGAAUAAUGCAUAUCAAGUCUCACGAUACACAGUAUAUGCUUACCUUCCAAGUGUCCCUAUUUAGGAAAGACAGUCCCUAUUAUGGAUCCAAAUCCCUCUGUCACUCUUAUCUAUCCUAAUGUCCCUCUUUUCUAGAAUAGAAACCCCAUAUUGUUGGUGUGUCUGAUUGUGUAACAGAGCCCCACAGCAAUAAUACUCCCAGUAAUGUGUCUCCAUGUAUAACAGAGCUCCACAGUAAUAAUACUCCCAGUAAUGUGUCUCCAUGUAUAACAGAGUUCCACAGCAAUAAUACUCCCAGUAAUGUGUCUGAGUGUAUAACAGAGCUCCACAGCUAUAAAUGGCGUGCGCCCAUUAGACCUCCCCAUAGGAAAGCAUUGAAUCAAUGCUUUCCUAUGGGGGAAAAUCUGACGCUGAGGGUUCUCAUGCACACCGUGAAGAGGACGUCCAGCAUCAGAUAACUGACCAAAAGUUCUCUGGGACUGCAGUAUUUAACAUUGUAGCAUUAGGUGCAAAAGGGACUGUUCCCAUCAGUUUGCAGCAUUCAUUUUGAACAGGAGUGAAAACAACUGAAUAUAUUAAAAGGACAUUAUAGUCACCAGAACAACUACAGCUUUUUGUGUUUGUUCUGGUACGUAGAAUUAGGCCCUGCAAACAUUUUGCAGUAAACACUGUCUUUUCAUAGAAACGGCAGUGUUUACAUUACAGCCUAGGGACACCUCCAGUGACAGUCACUCAGAUGGCUCAUAGAAAAGCUUCCUGGGACAAUGUCUACAGUGUGCAGCACUGACGUUCAGCAUCUCCACACUCUGCAUGAAGACUCUGAAAGUUCCCCAUAGAGAUGUUUUGAUUAAAUGCUGAUUGGCGCAGUGCAGUGCAUGUGCAAUAGCCUCCUUGGACUGGUUGAGAUCAUCAAGUUUGAUCUCAGCCAAGGAGGCGGAGCAUGGCCAGACCGGCGUGGGAGAAAAGGUGAGUAAAAUCAAAUUUUCAAAGCAAAGCGAGGGGGUGGGGACCUAAAUACCCAUUGCAGGACUAUAGAGUCAGGAAUACAUGUUAAUAUUACUGACGCUAUAGUGUUCCUUUAAACAUAGCAAAUAACACAAAGGAACAGCUGCAUGUGACUGAGCACCAUUAGAACUGUUCACAAAUGUCCAAGGUUAUUAUUCAUCUCUGGACCUGAGUAGAAUGUGCAACCUUGGCUAUCCAGCUUUUGCUGGACUACGUGUUUACCAGAAAUCGAGCUGUUUGAGAGCCAAGGUUGGAUAUUCUUGGUUUAGAUGUUUUGACUAAAUAUUCUUUAAGCCUGAAGGCCACUGAUAGCUACAUGUGAGCAUGUUUUCUACUAGCUGCCUCUGAAACUCGUGCAAUUGGUAUGAUAAAAUAUUUCCGAUUUAUUGAUAUACUGCACAUGUAAAAAUCUCAUAUUAAAAGAAAGAGUUCCAGGGAAUUCUGGGAGACUGCAAGUGGUUCAAACUUGCUCCAGGAGACAGGGGGGAGAAGGGAUUAUACUUCAUUUAUAGCAGACUGUUCCCUCUUCCAUGUUCUGCAAGCCCACAGUGAUUGCAUGAGUUUAUUCACUGGUCCGGUCCUGUCUCCGUGCCACCUUCCAGGCUUUGUUGUAGGAUGGGGGAUUCUGUGACUGUUGGCACAUGGAGUGAGUUGCGGGUGUUCUGAGAAGAGUGUAUUGAAGUACCUGUCACAGAGAGAAUAUAGAGUGUCAGCCAGGUCACGAAUGCUCAAAAACACGCAUCUGCACGUGAUCUGUUUACUAAACCCUAUAAUAAAUGCAUGAUCCCAUCAUCAGCAGAACUGGACUCACGGUUGACGGGGGUGCUCAGACUUCUCUGCUGGGUGGCAGAGCGCGCUCGCUCUAUCCUUGAUGGUGGCAGGGGAGUCAUCACCACUAUAGAGAAAGGAAAAACAAUAUUUAGCAAAAUGCAAACUGAACGUUUUCUUGAGAGUUGAGAAUCCAAAAUGGAAUUUAAAGGGGAAUUGAGUACAGAGAAAAAGCAAUAGCUUGCCCUUCGAUUAGUCCUUGCUCAGGUCUCGAGAACAUUCAUUGCUGACACUUACCUGAGGGAUCCUUCUCGGAUGUUUGGUUGCCGAAGGACUUAUCUAUUCUUCCCUUAUACAUCAUGCCAUCUAUCCCAAUCAAGUCAAACUCGCUCUACAAGAAAUUAAUUUAAAAAAAAUAAAAAAUGGGCAGGGAUAUGACGGCCAUGGAAAUGUCUUCAUACACAGUCUUAGAACAUCUCUGUUGAACAAUUUUACAUGCAUUAUGUAUCAGAGCUGGAUAGUGGAUAAUGCGUGUUGUUUGUUUUUUUAACCCCAUUUGUUUUAAAAAUUAAUAAAUAAAUACAAUCUGUAGUAUACAAGGUAACACUGGCUUAUGUUGCAUCCUGCAAAGAAGAAUUAUAGUGUACCUAUAAAGCCCUCCUCUUCUUUCUUCUAGAACGCAGCUCUGUGCUUUGUCAUCCGUGUAGUCUAUUAAACGUCCAUUGCAAGAAUGUACUCACAUUUCUGUAGACAGACUGCCCAUAGUCAGCGUAUGGGUAUACAGUUGUCAGGUGCUGCGUACGGGACAUCCUCUUGUAGUGAGGGCAGGCCGUGUGGGGCCUUUGGCUCUCUGAGUACUGGAAAUCGGAGUCUGUCACUUGUAAUGGGUCUCUGUGAGGGAGAGAGUGACUAAGAGGGUGGAUUUCUGAGUGACACCAUUGUGACAAUGAUAAUCAAACUGACUACCUCUAUGUAUUGUAUAUGAUACAUUAUAGUCUGUGUAAGAGAUGAUUACCCUGUAUUUACUGUGUAAGAGGUUGGAGUUCUGUUACAUGUUGUAUAACAAAUAAAAUCCCUGUAUGUAGAGUUUAGGUGGUGGGAGUUACGUUACAUUGUGUAGAACAGAUUAUUAUUAUGCUAUUGUUUAUAUAGCGCCAACAAAUUCCACAGCGCUUUACAGUGGGUGGACGAACAAACAUGUCGUUGUAACCAGACAAGUUGGACACACAGGAACAGAGGGGUUGAGGUCCCUGCUCAGUGAGCUUACAUGUUAGAGGGUGUGGGGUAUAGUGACACAGUAACAGAGGGAUUGAGGGCCCUGCUUAGUGAGUUUACAUGUUAGAGGGAGUGGGGUAUAGUGACACAGUAAAUGAGGGAUUGAGGCCCUGCUCAGUGAGCUUACAUGUUAGAGGGAGUGGGGUAUAUUGACAGUAACAGAGGGAUUGGGGGCCUGCUCAGUGAGCUUACAUGCUAGAGGGAGUGGGGUAUAGUGACACAGUAACAGAGGGAUUGAGGGCCUGCUCAGUGAGUUUACAUGUUAGAG